GGCAAGCCAGUCCCGCUCAAUGGAUGGCCGAUGCGCCGCCUCCGCCUCGCCGGGCCGGGCCGGGCGGGGAGAAGAUGGCGCUGUCCAGGGGGCUGCGGUGCUGCCAGCGGGUCUUCGGCUGGGUGCCCGUCCUCAUCAUCACCCUGGUGGUGCUCUGGUCCUACUACGCCUACGUCUUCGAGCUCUGCCUGGUGACUGUGACCAGUUCUGCAGAAAAAGUGGUUUACCUCACUAUAUUCCAUGUGAUCUUCGUGUUCUUUGUAUGGACCUAUUGGAAGUCUAUCUUUACUCCUCCGCAGCAACCGGACAAAAAGUUCCACAUGUCUUACAAUGACAAGGAGCGGUACGAGAACGAAGAGAGACCCGAGGGGCAGAGGCAGAUACUUGUCGAAAUGGCGCGGAAAUUGCCGGUGUACACCAGAACAGGGAACGGAGCCAUCCGAUUCUGUGAUAGAUGCCAGCUCAUCAAACCUGACCGCUGCCAUCACUGCUCAGUUUGUGCCAUGUGUGUAUUAAAAAUGGAUCAUCAUUGCCCAUGGGUGAACAACUGCAUUGGAUUUUCUAACUACAAAUUCUUCCUACUGUUUUUAGCGUAUUCUCUGUUGUACUGCAUGUAUAUUGCUUCAACGGUCUUCAAGUAUUUCAUCAAGUACUGGACAAUGGAACUGACCAAUGGCCGCUCCAAGUUCCAUAUCCUUUUCCUUCUUUUUGUGGCAAUCAUGUUUUUUGUUAGCCUCCUGUUCCUCUUUGGCUACCACUGCUGGCUCGUCAGUCGAAACAGGUCUACAUUGGAGGCUUUUUCAGCUCCAGUGUUUCCUAAUGGCCCUGACAAAAAUGGGUUUAAUCUUGGCUUUGUAAAAAAUCUUCAGCAAGUGUUCGGAGAGGAAAAGAGACUCUGGCUCCUUCCUGUGGUAUCCAGUCAAGGUGACGGGCAUUUUUUCCCAACAAGAACGUUGAGCGAAGCGAGGAAUCCGCUGCUAGCGAGUGAAGAGCAAUGGGAAGAAGAUGGCUUGGAUGAUGACUGCCGUGAUUACCACCAAGGAACUUCCCUUUCUGUGGAAAUGGAGACGUAGCGUUUUUGCAAGGCCAAUGGUAUAAAACUCACUCUCUCAGCUUACUUCCAUGAUGGACAUUCGUGGGGAAUAACAGGAAAGGAAGCACGUCGAUUAUCAGGACAAGAAAAUGUCAUCAUAUGAUGCUAGUCCUGGCUGUCUGAAAUGGUCCUUCGGGAUACUUGCCUGCUGACUCCCUCCAAGGGUUCCUACACAUUACUGACUCUUAACAGGGCAGCUUUGGCAUGAAUGAUGAAGGCCAUUCAUGACCUUUUCCUUUUUUGAAUGUCUUAAUCCAGCACAAGUGAAAACUGUUAGUGCAGAUGCCUUUCCAAAUGCCUUAAUGGCAGCUAUCCAAGACCUUGGAUUUCACACAUUAUGUCUCAUCUUGCCAACUAAACGAGAAUGGCAACAAGGAGUAGAUGGGUGGUCAACUGGACUUUUGAGCAGGAAUCAUGGCUGCCAAAUUGGCUGUUGUCAGAAAACCCAGCGAGAGUGCACUGCACAUGUAAUCCGUAUAUAUAAAUCCCCCCCCCAAUACCUAAUGUCACUUUUUAAAUCCUUUUGUUUGAUUCUGCUAAGAACUUUGGCCCUUUUGUUCUAGAAACACACCCUCUUGGGUGCUGUGUAAGAAAAAGAAGAACCAUAAAGCACAAUCCUUGUUGCAGAUGCCUACAACAAUUGUCUCCCAAAUGCCGGGCAGAUUCCUGACAUGGAAUGCCUUUGACAGCAGUGGCCCAGCACUCCGUGAAGUGGUCAACCUGUGCCUGGUUUGCACCACUUCAGAAUGUAGCCUUCACCAGUGUGGUGCCCUCCAGACGUUUGGGGAUGCAACUCCCAUCAGCCCCAGCCAGCAUAGCAAAUUGGAGCCAUAGACCAAACGUUAUAGACCACGUGCAGCAAACAGUUGUCAAAACUAGCUGUCUUCCUGACAAGCACUGCAGAGGGAAACGUUUUGCAUGGAGAAACCUUCAAUCAUGUGAGCCUCAUAGCAGGCUGAAGUAGUACAGCUCAGACACAGGCUACUAUCACUGACUUUUUAAAACUUUGUAGAAAGAAAGUGAUACACAUGUAGAAUGAGCAAAUGAGACUGAGACUCUUUCUUUAAAAAAAUAAAACUAAGAAUCUUUUUUUGAAAUGUCUAACAGACGUGCUCUUAGAUGUGCUGGGCUCUGGUAGACCUUUUUUCCUUUUGUAACUACAUCUGAGGUUUUCGGCAAUGCAAGAACUAUUUUGUAGGUUCCGCCAAAUAAGACUUUUUCCUGAGACUUCUGUUGCUGUGGUCCAUAACAAUGCACAAGAGGAGAAAAUGCAAACCUGCCUAACAGACCCGGGCACCAAAAGGAGUCCUUGCCAGCAUUGUACUGACAUCGCACUGGAGUCUUCAGCAUGUCUGCUGCAGAGGUGGGGGUUGCACAGCUCAGUUCUUCAACAGCAAGGAAAUUAUUUUUUUACUGUCCUUGCUAAGAAGCUGGGAAAAGAGAUGCUGCACCAUUUUAAAAGCAUUGUCUCGGAAAUUCUUCCAUUGGUUGCUCCCUUUUCACUGGUCUCAUUUAUGGGGCCCCACAUUGCCUCUGGAAGGCUUCAGUUAGUGAUGGACCAUGGCUAAUGUACUGUUUCCCCCCCCCCCAAAGUGAAGAUGCCACCACAGAAAAUGGAAUAUGCUAAAAUCCCGCCGAAAGCAAUCAAGCUUACGUGUGUUUAAACCUUGUCUCAAUGGGACUUCUUUAGGCUUCACUUUCCCUGAAUAAUGUGCAGUAUUGAUCACUGUUUGCGUCUUAGCCAUCUGGGUGUGCCUGUUGUGAACUUGGUCCCACAUAUAAUUCCUGUGAUGUGUGCCUGGUGCAAAACAGGCAUUUGGGCAACUUUCACGUUAUGUUUAUAUUCCUUUCCAAACGGAACUUCCAUUUCCGGUGUCAGAAAUAGUAAUUUGUUACUGUUGUUACUAAACUAUACCCCCCUUUUUGUUGAUUGAAGCUGCUCCUUUUUAAUCAAUUCUCAUUUAACAUGCCAGUAACCCCUCUGCCCAUUGAUUCAAAACUUGUCAACGUAGCUCCUGGUUUUAAAAAAGCACCUUUUUCCAAAAAAAACACAAAACUAUGAAGAAACAGGAGCCUUACUGAGAUCUGCUUCUAAAUGUGAAAACAGCUGAGCUAGCUGGGGCUGAUGGGAGUUGUAGUCCAAAACUACUGGAGGGUGCCAGGUUGGCAAAGGCUGCUGUAAAUCUUCUCUGUUAAUACUAGAACUAAGUAGGAUCAGCCAACAAAGUUGAACGUUGGAAGAUUCAGGAUAGACAAAAGGUAGUACUUUUUCACACAGCUCACAGUUAAGCUCUGGAAUUUGCUGCCCCAAGAUGUAGCAAUGGCCACCAACUUAAAUGGCUUUAGACAAAUGUGUGGAGGAUAAGGCUGCUGGUCACAGUGAUGGCUGUACACUACAUUUAGUAUCAGUGUCAGCAUGAGUGGAAAUACUUGUUGCUGGGAGCCACAAGUGGGGCGAGCGCUAUGUUGCUCGGGUCUUGCUUAUUGGCUUCCCGUAGGUAUCCAGUUGGCCGUUGUGAGAACAGGAUGCUGGACUAAGAUGGGCCCCUUUGGUCUGAUCCAGCAGCCAGGCUCUUCUUAUGGGCUUCCUUUGGGACAAAGGGCAGGGUAUAAAUACAAAUAAAUAAAAUAUGCGUGGCUGGGGCUUACUUAAACCACAACCCACAUCCUGGUGCAUAAGCUCUGCAUGGCUAGAGUCUGGUCUUAAUGGGGAGAGGACAAGGAUAGCCACUGUGGUGCCUUACAGAUUAUUGGAGUCCUACUCGCAUCAUCCCUGACCAUUAGCCAUGCUGGCUCAGGCUGAUGGCAGUUGUAGAUCAGCAUCAUCUGGAGGGUACCAAGUUAGCAACAGAAUGUUACUACUCCUAGCCUCCUUGUGCCUGUUGAAUGGAAGGCUCCAUUUUGUCACCAAAGCUGUGACUGGAGCUAUUGGGCAGAUCCAGGCAGCUGGUGGCCUCCCUCCAGUCUUUCAGAAUUCUCAGAUUUCAUGCCACGGCUGGCAGUACAGAACCAGGAAGCAAAUGCUGUUCUUACCACCUUCUCUUGGCAUACACUGUCAGACUGUUGUUCUUAUUGUCACUUCUGUUACCAUGGUAGAUGCCUGGGGCCCGUACAGCUGUUCACUUGUAACAGCACAAUUAGGAUACAUGUGAAGUAUUUUUAUCAACAUUUUAGGUAGGGGGAGUUUUGCUUAAUUUCAUAAUCUACCUAACUAAAACUUCCCAGUAUGAGGUAUCCAAAAAUGAUUAAGUAUAUCUCUUGGAACACCUUCACAAGGGGUUUACUGCAACGCAAACGGGCUUCUUAAAUGAACAUCUUUGAUGAUGAACAGCCAUCAAUUUCGAAAGCCCAGAGGAUUUUUCAGAACAGAGUAUCUGCUAAUAUAAAGUCCAGCUAAGCAUUAUGAACAUGGGACUCAACAAGCCGCUACAGCAGCCUUCCCUAACCUGGUGCCCGCCAGAUAUUUUGGUCUACAAUGCCUAUCUGUCCCUGCCAACACAGCAGUUCUAGGUCAAAACAUUUGCAACAGAGAAUGAUUUGUGCACUCAUGAAUGAAAGAGAGCUGAUGGCUGACAAUUGCUAACAACUGAUUGCUAACGAUGCAGUAUCUGUAUACCACUGCCAACGUUAUCCCCAAUUGUAGGUCACAGAUUAAAAACCCAAGUACAGAAAACUGUUUUACUAUGUAGCUCUAACUUGUAUCGCCUCUCUUCUUACCACCAGUUUCAUGAGCCUUUUUUUUCCCUUCAAAGCAUCUGUGAUGAAGAAUAUCUAGACAUGCUGGGUAAAACUAGCAACAGAUGGAAUAUUUUGCAAGCGUCCAUUGCCUGUUCUAAGGAACAGAACUCUGGCAAUUUGUAGAUAACAGGCGAUAGGCUGCUCUGCCCAGUGAACACACCUGCCCAGUAUCUUCAGAUUAAAACAUAUUGAAUACAUUGUAUAUUUAAAUGUGUUGGCACUUCCAACAGGUGAGUAAGUGGUGAGGGGGUGGUCUUUUGUGGUGGGCUCAAGGAUCUCCUGACCUUAUUUAAGCGGCUUACAGGAUGGCUGGGCCCACUGCAAAGUACAGCGCUGGUGAGUUUCCAGUCCCCCACCAUCUUAUUUUCCCAGAAGCAGGUAUAACAUAAAUUAGCAUAAGAAAGAUUUCUCUAAAUUGCUGUCGUGGGCCUCUGCCCUAACCCUUAGCAAUGCUCCUUAUUUUGUGCAGUCAUCCAUUUCUUCCACUUCGUUCAGCUUUUCAUAUAUUUUCAAGCCAAGAACAAAGGGAAUGGUGACCUACGUUAGCCCAAAGGACCAAGCAAAUGCCAUGACAGGCGUGGGGACAGUAUUUGCCUCUCUCCUGUGCCUUUGUGUAAAGCAGGAAACACAACUAUUGUCAAAUGAGGACGCAGAGAAAAAAAAUCCAUUCCGAUGUUGCUCAUUGAGCCCGGCUGAAAUUGUGGCUGGUCCCUAGAGCAACCCUGCUAGCAUCCCACUCUUGUGCUUGACACACAGGGAAGGUGCAGCUUACAGAGAUCAGCUGUACUGAAUGAGUAUUUUUUGCUUGCUUCAGGGACCAAACAGGCACUCUUUGGGAUAUUUUAUGAGUAUCAGCAACAAAUGUUAAUGUUUCAAUGGCUGCUUGAUGAAUUGAUGAUACCUAAUUAAAUGUGAUGUGUUGGUAAUUA